UCUCUCCCGUCUCUCACUACAUCUGACUAGUCAAGUGAGAUAUAGAAGGAGCUAGCAGCGCUAUCUUUGCUGCGGCUGCCCUACUAGCUGUCUCGGCAUCCUGGCCGUGGCCGGCGAGGUUAGCCAUAGCCCACACAGGCACAAAAGGUCAGCGCUGUGCUUUGGUCGCGGCGGCCACCACCGUUAUAUAUACACGCCUGCACCUCCCCCCCUUGGAUCCUUGUCCUCAAGCAGCCAGCACCACACCAGUGCUGCUGGAUUCUUCUAGCUCAGUUGCUCGCAACAAGACACGCAUCAGCUGAGAACUCCGACCCGCUUCGGCCUGACGGUCUCGCGCGCUUGCUCUCUCUUGCGCGGCGUCGGUGGCUACCAGCUAGCCUUUUGUUGUUGCCCACCACCUCACCUCACAUCGUACGCCAUAAGCACAACGCUUCUGUCUGCUGAGAAAGAGGCCUCUCUCUUAGCUUGGUGAUCAGUCGAUCGAUCGAGGGCGACGACGACGCCAUGGUGAGGCCGCCGUGCUGCGACAAGGAGGGCGUCAAGAAGGGCCCGUGGACGCCGGAGGAGGACCUUGUCCUCGUCUCCUACAUCCAGGAGCACGGCCCCGGCAACUGGCGCGCCGUCCCGACCAGAACCGGGCUGAUGCGGUGCAGCAAGAGCUGCCGGCUCCGGUGGACCAACUACCUCCGCCCGGGCAUCAAGCGCGGCAACUUCACCGACCAGGAGGAGAAGCUCAUCGUCCACCUCCAAGCUCUCCUUGGCAACAGGUGGGCUGCCAUCGCGUCGUACCUGCCGGAGCGGACGGACAACGACAUCAAGAACUACUGGAACACGCACCUCAAGCGUAAGCUGCAGAGCGGCGGCGACGGGGCGGCGAAGCCUCCGGCGCACAGGCCGGCCUCGUCGUCCAAGGGGCAGUGGGAGAGGCGCCUGCAGACGGACAUCGACAUGGCGCGCCGCGCGCUCCGCGAGGCCCUGACGCCGCUCGGCAACCUGAAGCCGCAGCAGCACGACGGCGUCGACGCGGCGGGCGCUAGCACCGGCGGGGCCGGGGGCGGCGACAGCCCGGCGUCGAGCUCAUCGGGCGCGUCGCUGUGCUCCCCCUCGGUGGCCGCGCCGGGCCCGUACGUCCUGACCACGGAGAACAUCUCGCGGAUGCUGGACGGGUGGGCCGGCGGCAGGAAGGGCCGCGGCGGCGGCAGUGCCGGUCCCGGCACGCCCGGCGGGGCCGAGAGCGCGUCCACCGGAUCCUCGGACGCGUCGGAGGUGUCGUACGGUGGCGCCGGCGUGGCGUCGGCAGCGCCCCCCGCUGCCAGGGCGCUCUCCGAGUACGAGAGGAAGCCUGCCGUUGCGGCCCAGCAGAUGCCGCUGUCGGCGCUCGAGUCUUGGCUGUUCGACGACGACAGCCACUUCCACCAAGUCCAGAGCGCCAGCUUGCUUGACGUGCCCCCCAUGGAUUACCAGUUCUAGCUAUGGUUAGUGUGUUCAAGUGAUGCAGCUCAAGCUAAUCACUUCAAAGCAAGCAUGGAAUUAGUCGCCUAAAGAAAACUACAUAGAUCCUACAGUAUGUCAGUGACUAAUCGGUUGUUGCUGGUUGAAUUAGUCGCUUGAUCCAAAUACUUUUUACUUAGGAUCUGCAUAGUUUUCAUUUAUAUUUCAAAGAACCAUGGAAGCGCUCCUAUGUUAUUAUCAUCCUUACUAAGACUGAAUAUGUUCAUGGGCCUUUUGGUCUUAGCCUUUUAAGCAACAACUUGAGUAGAUCCCCUUUG